AGAGAGAGAUAGAGAGAGAGAGAGAAUAGGCGAGGGAGAAUCAGCGGAGACCCCGCCCUCUUCCCUGGACAGCGAUUGUUGCAAGAAAAACAAAAGAGAGGGGUGGAAAAAGACUUUCUUUUUCUUUUCCUUUUCACUUUCCAUAGAGAGAAGAAAUGUGGGAAUCGAUCUGCCUGACGGUGGCGGCCACCGCCGGCAACAACAUCGGAAAAGUCCUCCAGAAGAAGGGCACCAUCAUCCUCCCUCCUCUCUCUUUCAAGCUCAAGGUCAUUAGGGCGUAUAUUUUCAACAAACUAUGGUUUGCAGGUUUCAUUAUGGAUAUUUUUGGGGCAUUAUUGAUGUUGCAAGCAUUAUCUCAAGCUCCUGUAUCUGUCAUUCAACCGGUUUCUGGUUGUGGACUCGCAGUUCUUUCAGUUUUUUCCCAUUUUUAUUUGAAGGAAACCAUGAAUACCAUUGACUGGAUUGGUAUAGCCUUAGCUGGUAUUGGCACCAUAGGGGUUGGGGCGGGAGGAGAAGAGCAAAAGAGUGCUCCAGUUUCGAUUUUCCAUUUGCCUUUGCUGGCUUGUAUCGUCGUGUUCUUGUUUGUAUUACUAAACGGAUGGUUGCAUAUAUAUAGACGUCAACGAAGAGAACAGGAGCUGAUGCAGUCUGAAGUGACUGAAGAAAUUAUAUAUGGCUUGGAAUCUGGCAUUUUAUUUGGGAUGGCGGCUGUAAUUUCGAAGAUGGGAUUUCUUUUUGUUGAGCAAGGAUUCUCGAAAUUGUUGAUUCCCAUUUGCAUUUCAAUCAGUAUAUGCUGUAGUGGUACUGGAUUCGUAUACCAGACAAGGGGCUUGAAGCACGGGAGAGCAAUCGUAGUUUCUACAUGUGCGGCUGUGGCAUCAAUUAUGACUGGAGUACUCGCCGGUAUGUUUGUACUAGGUGAACAAUUACCGUCUUCUCCUGUCCCAUGCUCAUUGCUUCUGCUUGGAUGGUUCUUUAUUAUCACGGGUGUGAUUUUAUUGGUGUUAUCGUCGAAGCUGGUACCCUACUUACCUAGGGUUUUAAGGCGGUUAGUGCAAAAUGGGAGUGAGAGGAAUUUCGGAGGUGGUAGAAGUAGACCAGGAUCUGUACAUGCUUCUCGCGAUUCAAGUCCAAGUGCCAUUAUUCACACAACAACAUUACACCAUUUGAUGGCAUCUCCAUCAUCAAAAGAGAAAGCUUAAUAUCAGAUCAAAGGUGUUGAAUUUUUAUUUUUAUUUUUGGUUCAAUGGAUUUGUUUUGAUUCAUAAUACUUAGCAGUUGCUGAAGACUUUUUUUAAUAGCUAUGUUUGCUUUAUUAGAGAUUAUAGAGUUGGAACUCUACUCUGUAUAUAUCAAAGAAGAAUAUUAAUUUCUGUGUCA